CCGCUAAUGCACGUUGGGAAUUGUAGUCCCUUUCCUAAAGGCUGGGCACGGCCGUGAGGUCAUCGGUGGUCGCCUGCAGCCGCCAGCACGUGGCGGCGAAGGGGCGGUGCGCGCAGGGGAGGGCCUGCGAGGGGCAGGAGCUGCCGGCGCUUGCGCCUCCCGCCGCGGUGCCCUCCCGACAUGCCGGAGGAGGCGGGCUUCCCGCCGGCCAAGAGAUUCCGGCCGGGCUUUGGGCCUCCGAGCCGCGCUGGGUCCUUCCCUCCUGGGAGGCGAGUGGUGAUGCUGCUGACGGCGGGCAGUGGCGGCAAAGGCGGAGGAGGAGGCCGUAGGCAGCAGCCACCCCUGGCCCAGCCCUCGGCCGGUCCCUACCGUGAGGCCGUGGAGCUGCAGCGCCGGAGUCUGCCCAUUUUCCAGGCGCGGGGGCAACUGUUGGCCCAGCUCCGAAACCUAGACAGCGCCGUCCUCAUCGGGGAAACUGGCUCAGGGAAGACAACUCAGAUCCCUCAGUACCUGUAUGAAGCAGGGAUCAGCCGCCAGGGCGUCAUUGCCGUGACCCAGCCUCGGCGGGUGGCUGCCAUCUCUCUUGCUACUAGAGUCUCAGAUGAGAAGAGAAGUGAACUUGGGAAGCUGGUUGGCUACACAGUGCGCUUUGAGGAUGUCACCUCAGAAGACACCAGGAUCAAGUUUCUAACAGAUGGCAUGCUUCUGCGUGAAGCAAUUUCAGACUCCCUACUUCGAAAGUACAGCUGUGUCAUUUUGGAUGAAGCUCACGAACGGACUAUCCACACAGACGUGCUCUUUGGAGUGGUGAAAACUGCACAGAAGAAGCGAAAGGAAAUGGGGAAGCUGCCUCUCAAAGUGAUUGUGAUGUCAGCUACGAUGGAUGUGGACCUGUUCUCUCAGUAUUUCAAUGGCGCCCCUGUCCUCUACCUGGAGGGACGGCAACAUCCAAUCCAGGUUUUUUACACCAAACAGCCUCAACAGGAUUACCUACACGCAGCGCUUGUCUCAGUCUUCCAGAUCCACCAGGAAGCUCCUCCUUCUCAGGACAUUCUGGUGUUCCUCACGGGUCAGGAGGAGAUUGAAGCAAUGAGCAAGACCUGCCGAGACAUUGCAAAGCACCUUCCAGACGGCUGCCCCUCAAUGGUGGUCCUUCCUUUGUACGCUUCCCUGCCCUAUGCACAGCAGCUCCGUGUCUUCCAAGGGGCCCCAAAGGGCUAUCGCAAAGUGAUCAUUUCAACCAACAUCGCUGAAACCUCCAUAACCAUUACAGGAAUAAAAUAUGUAGUUGACACUGGCAUGGUUAAAGCAAAGAAGUAUAACCCUGACAGUGGUCUUGAGGUAUUAGCAGUGCAGCGGGUGUCAAAGACCCAGGCCUGGCAGCGCACAGGGAGGGCUGGCAGAGAGGACAGUGGUGUCUGUUACCGGCUGUACACUGAGGAGGAGUUUGAGAAGUUUGAGAAGAUGACCGUGCCAGAGAUCCAAAGGUGUAACCUGGCCAGUGUGAUGCUUCAGCUCCUAGCAAUGAAAGUCCCAAACGUGCUCACCUUUGACUUCAUGUCCAAACCGUCUCCGGAUCACAUUCAGGCGGCCAUUGCCCAACUGGACCUGUUAGGUGCUGUUGAACAUAAGGAUGAUCAGCUUACCCUGACUCCAAUUGGAAGAAAGAUGGCAGCAUUUCCUUUAGAACCCAAAUUUGCCAAAACCAUCCUCCUGUCCCCCAAAUUCCACUGUACAGAGGAGAUCCUGACCAUUGUCUCCCUGCUGUCUGUGGACAGCGUCCUCCACAACCCUCCUGCCCGGCGGGAUGAAGUGCAGGCGGUCCGGAAGAAGUUCAUAUCCAGUGAGGGGGAUCACAUUACGCUGCUCAACAUCUACCGAACCUUCAAAAAUAUAGGUGGAAAUAAGGACUGGUGCAAAGAGAAUUUUGUCAACAGCAAGAAUAUGAUGCUAGUAACUGAAGUCAGAGCACAGCUGAGGGACAUCUGCCUAAAGCAGAUGUCAAUGCCAAUCUUAUCAUCCCGAGGAGACAUGGAGAGUGUCCGCCGCUGUCUGGCUCACAGCCUCUUCAUGAGCACUGCUGAGCUUCAGCCAGACGGUACCUAUGCCACCACGGACACCCACCAGCCAGUGGCCAUCCACCCGUCGUCUGUCCUCUUCCACUGCAAGCCAGCCUGCGUCGUGUACACUGAGCUGCUUUACACCAACAAGUGCUACAUGCGGGACCUCUGCGUUGUGGAUGCCGAGUGGCUAUAUGAGGCCGCCCCCGAGUAUUUCAGGAGGAAGCUGAGAACCGCCAGAAACUGAGCUGUUCCAGGGUGCUGCCAGGAUUGCUGGUGCCUGGGAGCUUGGACCACAGCUGUCCUCGUAUCAGACUUCCAGGUUGGCACCUAGAGAAGCAGCAGGUUUUAAUGCAGCUAGAUGUGCCCGACUUCCAGGAGCUUGAAAGCAUCUUUGCUUUAACUCGUCGGACUGAACCAUGUAGAUGUGAGAUGUGUACAUAUCAUUUAUAUCCUGAAAACUUCAGAAUUGUGCUUUUGGUUCUUGCUGGGUGACUCUGGGUAGCUUGGUUAACUUCUGAGCCUCAGUUUCCUCAUCUGCCAAAUGGGGAUAAUAAUAAUAAUACUUACUUAUUGGGGUCAUGAAGUGUAGAGAAAGUGAGGAGAAAGUACCCAGAGCUAUUCCUGGCACACGAAAGACACACAGUGAGCUGUGAGCCAUUAUGCUUAAUGUUACUGCUUUCUACAGGAUGUGAAUUAAGUACAGCAAAAUACCAAGUUCUUGUGACUGAGGGGGAUUUUCUAGAAGGGGGCCAUAGGAUGUUGCAGAGCUUGGGUGUUUGUUGUCCUUGGUUCUAUUUUAAUGUCUGUCUGUAUGAAGCUUUAAAAUAGAAAACACAAGCAAUUGACUUCUGUAGAAGUUUCCAGAGGGGGAGGUGCUGUUUCUUACCUCCUGGGAUGGCCAUCCCUACUGAACCCUCAAGUCUCAGGGGGUGGACUGCUCUCUGUCUGUCUCCAAGCCGAGCCCAGUGGAGGCAUCACUUGGUCCUCCAUGCUUCUGUGGUGCACGUCCCCGUCAGUGCUUUCAGGAGACAUGUACGUUUCCCAGGGAAAGGUUGAUUUGUACCUUCUGAAUCAUGUCAAGUGUAGACAUGAGAAACUGACUUUUUAGCAUCCUGCUGCAUACCCAGUUUUCAUUUUUCUGAGUACCUGUGAACAUGUGAGCAUGAGGAAUGAGUCUGUGCUGCAUUUCUGCUGUUUCUCUUUGGGCAAGGCCCCUGGUCGGAGCUGUUGGGGCUGGGAGGGGAGAGGUGCGUGGUCAGGGAGAACCCAGAGAGCAUUGGUUCAUUCCAGCCACCACAUCCGGUCUUAUAGUCUUGCCUCAUACUGAUUUUCUAUGAUCUUUUUUCCUUCUUCAUAGGAACUUGGGGACAGUCUGGCUUUGCUACUUCCUAACUGCCAGGCACCUCUCUAACCCUCAUUGUCUACAUUUGUCAGAGGGAAUGAGAGGAUCUCAGCAGUCUCUUUCUGUUCUGAUAUUUUGAGAAGGGAAAAGACAUUAUUAGUUCUUCUUUACUAUUUAAUCAUCCAAAGCAAAUAAUCUUUCCCCCGAGAAUGCUUUGCCCUAGAAGAAGCAAAGAAUUAGCCAUUUUAUUGUGCUUAAUUGGUCUAAACACAUCUGUCUAGUAUUUUGUCAUUUCUUACAGGAUGAAUCAGUUUCUUAGCAGGGGACCAAAAUGCCUAAGAGGCUCUUCAGAGACCACGGACAGUCUCUUUAUCCUAGAUCCAGUGAGCACUUUUCAGAGACUGUGGCCUGCUGCAGUACCCCCCAUUCCAGGGUCUCAUCUGUCCACAGUUGUGCCUGUCAAAUCUGGCUCAGUUUUUAUUUACAACACUAGCCAUGGUCCUGAGCAAUUAAGCUAGGACAAAUAAGAUUUGACAGAUCCUAGAUACCUUACUGAAUUCUUAAACUUUGUUCUUCCACAGAUUAACCUGUUCUUACCAUUGAUGACUUUUUGAAAAGUUUUCCAGAAAGUUUUUUUUUUUUUUUUUUUGGUGUAUUUUUCCCAUUCAUGUAAUAGGAGGCCAGGAUGUUUAGCCUGACUUGGCAAAAGAAAAUAUUGUAUUUUUAAUAAAACAUGCAUCAUGUUGGUAAAACAUUAGGAGUGGGUCAGUUUAUUAUGUUCCUCAGCAAAUUAUUUCUCUAGCUAGAGGUGUCCUCUGGGUCAAGUAAAACUUAACUUGGAGUCAUUUAUGUCCAGCUUAGGUACCUGAACAGUUUCCAGAAAUGUAUAUUUUUUUCCGAGGAGUAAAGGAUUUAAACAGCUUCUAAGUGGCUUUAAUGUUUCUGUACAGAAAUACAUUUAUCACUGUAACAUUGUGGUAGAGUUUUAAUAUAGUAUUUAGUUUUUUAUUGGGCUUUUUAAAUAAAAAGUUAAUUUUUAACAUAGCUGCUCAGGGAUUAAAUCAGAUUGGAAAACCCAUUCUGACUCCACGUAAUACUACAAAGAAAUAAAUGGUUAUUUAUAUUGAGCUGCAGGGGAUAGUACACUUUAAACUUAAACUUUCUUAAGAAAGUUAAAUGUUUCACAAUGAUACUGCAAUAUAAUCUUUAGCAACUGUUUCAAUUGGUGGAAUCUCUGAUGGUGUGACACCUCUUUUGCAACCUGUGAAAUCCAUAUCUGGACCAAAUCACCAGCUCCCAUGAGCAGCUUCAUGUAAAUAGAUGCACUCCAAGUGGAUUGCAUGCCUCAGGUAUUUGUCUUCUACUUCUAGUAAUCAUGGGGUGUGACACAUCCAGAUUAACACACAUUUCAUCACAAGGGGAGAGACUGCAAACACCAGGUCCUUGAUAAAAACCCUUAAUGCUGCAUCUCUGCUAGUUGUAAAGAGA